AUGCGCAUUGCCACCAACACCAACUUGUCGUAUGCCUCAUCAGUUGUCCCUGUUUUCGCCAAGGUUACUCUGCAGGACCUCGACAUGGACAGCCGUUUCGAUCUCGCACAGAGGCCCGACUUUGCAGCCAACUCCAGCCUCCAGGCCGGCGCCUUUGCCCUGCGUCUGUCGACUGCCGGUGCGCAUUGCCAUUUUGUACAAAAUUACAGGAGCCAUCCCCCUUCCAUCACGCAACAUUGGGACGCAGUAUUACGUUGCACGCCGAAAUACGACGCGAUGUUCUCCCCCGCCUCUUCCUCCGGGUGGACAAGAAAAUGGGCAACUGUGGUUCGCCCUACUCUGGUUGCGCAGCGCCCUGGCUCGAGAAAUCCCCGGCACGUCGUUUUGCAUUCGAUUUCGGGGUUGCGAGACGUCGUCCGAGCCAGAGCGAGCCCGUGUGCUGCUUAUUUCUGUCGCGUGCAGCCCAUUGUCUCUCGCACGACGUAG